AUGGCGGAUAUGUUUCCCGCAGCCAGGCUCAACAACCCCAGAAAGUUCUCUGUCGGGCCACUCGCCAAUGGCAAAGCAUACAGCGAGAGUUUCCCUCGCUAUGCUGUUAACGUUUGCUCGAAACCUCUUGCCAAUAUUCCACGAAGUUUGGACCGGGCCGUUUUGACACUUGUUCUCGUACGGGUAAUGCUGCUCCUGUCUCCUGCUCCUGCUCCUCCAUGCUUCGGGCCUUACCUUGGAAAGUACCUACUCGACAAGUUGAUCCUGCCCCGCCAGAUAGGUACAUCCCUCUUCAAGCCUUACUCUGCGUGUGAUCAUGUACCCGCGACUCAAUGGCCUCCACCGGCCAGGGCUUGGGGCCACCGGAUGGCAGGUUCAAAUCUCCACGCCUGCCAUCUCAGCCAGUCGCACAGCUCCGGCAGGACCAGGGAGCCCCCGAGCCGGCCUCUUUCCACAACGCCUUCCCUGCCGAACUGCCCCGCCCAUGGACCCCGGUUCGAGAAAAUGGAUGUUCUUUUUGCCCCGGUCCAAAGUUUCUUCCUUGAACCCAGAAAGUGGGUCUCUCCAAAUGGAAGGAAACGGCCGUCUGGGUUCCUUCCUCUCACUCUUUCGGUGCCAGGUGGUGCUCUUUUUUCGCUCUUCCUCUUUGGACCCUGGCAUGCAACAUAUCCCACCCACCACCGUCGUCUUCUUCUUACCCCCAUCCCAAUACCAAUCCAUCCACCAUCGGUCGUGGCGUCCUAAAUUGGGGGUUGAUCAAAAUGAAGCCGUCGAUACUUGGAAAUCUGGGACACCGCUUCAUAAAGUUCGGACACUCCAGAGCCCCUCUUCUCCCUCCCCAUUGGGGACCCCGCCCUCUCUCAUUCUGUUGCACAAGACAAGGGAUCCCACUGCACUACGACUCUAUUCUUAUCCACGAUCAUGGCUAGGAGCCAAGUGUCGACAAGUUUGCCUCAUUGCGCCGACGACAAACACCCACCGCCAGAGAAUCCAAUCACCCUUCGUCCACGAGACGACAGGUACUGCUAGCAUUGACCGCUGCCAACUUGAUUCGCGACUCACAUUCUGCCACCACCCACUUCGAAACAGAAAGAAGUGCUCAACCGCCUCGGCUCAAGAACCAUUGUCGUCAGCCAAAGCACUAUGCAAACCUCGGUCGUCGUUGGGUCACCCAGUCCCUCCAUUUCCAUUGGGUCUUCCCGUCCCUCCUCUCGAUAUCAUCCCUGAUGGCUCCCGUCCGUACAAGCACACACGCCGCCUAUUGGAGGCCCCUCACCCUCCGCCAACGUCAGCACAUUUCUCUUCUCUCAGUGGUGUUGAUGAACUUGCGACGGCUGUGCUAAACACCCCCUCCCAGGCAGUGAAGCACUAGAUCGCAAACCGCAGAAGAGGGUGUUGAGGGCCGGUUUGUCGCCUAGUCCUCGUUGAUACGCGGGAUGCGAUACAUGCCGCAUGUGCCUG